ACCAAUGGAGACGCACGAUGGGCGGACCCCGUCACAACCGCCGUUUCUGGGUGUGAUUUUUUUUUUUUUUUUGUGAAUGGAAAAAAGGAGGUCGCCCGGCAGGUCCCGAGACUGCAGCACAAGGCAGCUUCUCUGCGCCGUCACUGCAACCGGAGUGGACCCCGGCGCGGACAAACCGGCGCGGACAAACCGUUGCAACCUCGCCCCUCCCUUCCUUCCUCCCUCCCUCUCUGUCUCUGCUCACCACGGGCGAAGGAGGGGAGCGGGCUAGGCCGGGCAGUGACCGAUCACGCUGCCCUCGGACCCCCGCCGCGGUGCCCGUGACCCUGAGCUCCCCGCGGCGUCGCCGCAAGCUGCCACUGCCUAUGACCCUGAGCGCCCCGGGGCGCUACUGCUGCUGCCCAUGACCCUGAGCACCCCGCGCCCGCGGAGAUGCUGAGGAUACUCGAGAGGCCGCGGCUGCAGUGCCCAGUGCCCGGGGACCGCGCCGCUGGCUCAGCCGUCCAGCCGGGCCCAGCCGGCCUGCUGCUGGGAGCCAGCCUCAUCUAGGACCAUCCUCAGGCCCCGGCCGCCGCAUCCUAUCUGCACGCACGGGAUCGACCCCGGCCACUCACUAAAAUGAAUGUGUUUUGCAGGACGAGGUGUGAUCCUUGCCCUCCACAUUACCCAGUCACAUGUAGCGGUGUCCCAAUUAAUGGAUUCUGACAUGGAUUAUGAGAGGCCAAACGUAGAGACCAUCAAGUGUGUCGUGGUCGGGGACAACGCUGUUGGCAAGACCAGGCUCAUCUGUGCCCGUGCCUGCAAUGCCACCCUUACCCAGUACCAGCUGCUUGCCACCCAUGUGCCCACAGUCUGGGCCAUCGACCAGUACCGGGUGUGCCAGGAGGUGCUGGAACGCUCCCGGGAUGUGGUCGAUGAUGUCAGCGUGUCUCUUCGUCUCUGGGACACCUUUGGAGACCACCACAAAGACCGGCGCUUUGCUUAUGGGAGAUCUGAUGUUGUGGUUCUUUGCUUCUCCAUUGCUAAUCCCAAUUCCCUGCACCAUGUCAAGACCAUGUGGUACCCAGAAAUCAAGCACUUUUGUCCUCGGGCUCCUGUCAUCCUAGUGGGUUGCCAGCUGGACCUACGCUAUGCUGACUUGGAAGCCGUCAAUAGGGCCAGGCGCCCUUUGGCCAGGCCCAUCAAGCCAAAUGAAAUCCUGCCUCCUGAGAAGGGCCGGGAGGUGGCCAAGGAGCUGGGCAUCCCCUACUAUGAGACCAGCGUGGUGGCUCAAUUCGGCAUCAAAGAUGUCUUUGACAAUGCCAUCCGGGCAGCCCUCAUUUCGCGUCGACACUUACAGUUCUGGAAGUCUCACUUGCGAAAUGUCCAACGCCCCCUGCUCCAGGCUCCAUUUCUUCCCCCCAAGCCUCCACCCCCCAUCAUUGUGGUUCCAGACCCCCCAUCCACCACUGAGGAAUGUCCUGCUCACCUCCUGGAGGACCCUCUCUGUGCGGACGUCAUCCUGGUGCUGCAAGAGCGGGUGCGCAUUUUUGCCCACAAAAUCUACCUCUCCACCUCCUCUUCCAAGUUCUAUGACCUGUUCCUUAUGGACCUGAGUGAAGGAGAGCUGGGGGGUUCCUCUGGCUCAGGGGGCCCCCGAUUAGAGGAACCCCAAGGUCACUCUGACCACCACCACCAUCACCACCACCACCACCAUGGGCGGGACUUCCUGCUGCGGGCAGCCAGUUUUGAUGUGUGUGAGAGCACAGACGAGGGAGGGGGUCCUGGCCCAGCAGGGCUCCGAGCUUCUACUAGUGAUGGAAUUCUUCGGGGCAACGGGGCUGGCUACUUGCUUGGGCGUGGCCGGGUACUCUCAUCCUGGAGUCGUGCAUUUGUGAGCAUUCAGGAAGAGAUGGCAGAUGACCCCCUCACCUACAAGUCACGACUGAUGGUGGUGGUGAAAAUGGAUGCUUCAAUUCAGCCUGGACCCUUCCGGGCCGUGCUCAAGUAUUUGUACACUGGGGAAUUAGAUGAGAAUGAACGGGAUCUCAUGCACAUCGCCCACAUUGCCGAACUGCUGGAAGUGUUCGAUCUGCGCAUGAUGGUUGCCAACAUCCUCAACCACGAGGCCUUCAUGAACCAAGAGAUCACUAAGGCCUUCCAUGUCCGUAGGACCAACCGGGUUAAGGAGUGUCUAGCCAAAGGCACAUUUUCAGAUGUGACCUUCAUCCUGGACGAUGGGACCAUCAGUGCCCACAAGCCGCUGCUGAUCUCCAGCUGUGACUGGAUGGCCGCCAUGUUUGGGGGGCCAUUUGUAGAAAGCUCCACAAAGGAGGUCAUGUUUCCUUAUACCAGCAAGAGCUGUAUGCGAGCUGUGCUGGAAUACCUCUACACGGGCAUGUUCAGUGCUAGCCCUGACCUGGACGACAUGAAGCUAAUCAUCCUUGCUAACCGGCUGUGUUUGCCCCAUCUGGUCGCACUCACAGAACAAUACACGGUGACUGGACUGAUGGAAGCCACGCAGAUGAUGGUGGACAUAGAUGGAGAUGUUCUUGUGUUCCUGGAACUGGCUCAGUUCCAUUGUGCAUACCAGCUGGCCGACUGGUGCCUCCACCACAUCUGCACCAACUAUAACAACGUCUGCCGGAAGUUCCCCCGGGAUAUGAAGGCCAUGUCUCCAGAAAACCAGGAGUACUUUGAGAAGCACCGGUGGCCACCUGUCUGGUACCUAAAGGAGGAAGAUCAUUACCAGCGAGCCCGGAAGGAGCGAGAGAAGGAGGACUACCUCCACUUGAAGCGGCAGCCUAAAAGGAGAUGGCUCUUCUGGAAUGGCCCUUCUUCUCCUUCCUCCUCUGCAGCCUCCUCUUCAUCUCCCUCCUCCUCCUCAGCUGUAGUUUGAGAGCUGCCUCAACCCUCCCAGGACGACCCCACUGCUAUUCUCUCCUAUCCACCUGCCCCAACCCCCUCAGCUCUCCUUUAUCUGCAUUUCUCCCCUCUCCCCUCGCCAGGGACAAGAGGACCUAAUUAAUUAGGCCCAUGAGGGUGGAGCAGAUAAAUACCAGCCAAACCAUCUCAAUGGAAGAAAGACCAGGCUCUGGUGAGAAGCAUGGGGACUAGCUGAGGAUGAGAAGGAGCCAAAGCUUCCCAGGACUCCUCAAAUGAGGCAUCAGGGAGAGCCAACACCUCAGUCAUCCAUCCUCUUUGUUCCCAUUUGGGAUUUGGGACCCUAGUCAUGGCUGGAGAUCCAUGAGCCAAGGGAAUCCAAGACAAGCGGGUUUACAAGAAGUUGUGAUUUUUGUAGAGGGUUUAUUUUUUGGUUGGGGGAGAGGGUCUCAAAUUCCUUGGUGAGGAGAGAACAAGGUUUCUCCCAGAACUGACUGAUGUUUUUCCAAAGGACUUGUAGUUCAAAAAUGCAUUGGGGGAAAUUCCACUUGGGGCCAAGUCAAGCACCGCAGUCCCCCCGACCCCUUUAUUUGUAAGCCACUGAAGGACUUGUCCUCAUUCCAUCACUAGAGUUGCUCAUUUUGAAGAGUGUCUAUGAGAGGAAGAUAGCGGGAGGGCUAAGAGGUCCUUCUCCCCACCCAUCACCCAGGCAUUUUAUAGGUGGCUUUGCAGACUGAGCAAGCCUCUGAAAUUUGAAUAGAGCUAUAGCUGUUUCAAAGCUCCCCAGGCUAGAAAUGGUGAUGCCAAUGAGAGACUCUCCUGCUUACCUCCUUCCACAAGGCUGAGAGAAAAUUUACUGGACAGAAACCAACAGGAAUAGGUAGGAGUGAGUAGGAAAGGAAGAAAGGUUAAGGGAGUGAGGGUCUUUGUUCAGUAAUUACCAGCUCAUAGGACUCUGAACCAGAAAGGGUCAUAGAGAUGAUCUAGUCCCACUUCCUCAUUUUACAAAUGAGGAAACAGGAGUUUAGGUGACUUACAUAAGUUCACACAAGUGGUUUGUGGUAGAGCUAGGAUUCAAACCCAAGUACUUUGCCACUACAUCAUACUCUUCCCAACAGAGAGCCCAGCUUUUUUUUUUUUUUUGGGCAGGGGAGGGGGGAGUGGGGCAUAGAGUUACAAAGGGAGGCAGAAAUAGCUAAAUUUCCCCCCAAAUCGUUCACAAAUUCUACAGAAUGAAAAGCAGAAAAAGAUACUUUAUAUCCCUUAUGUUAAGCCAAACAAAAGCCCCUGAGUCCAAGACAGAAGGUUGCUGGGGAAGAAAGGAUUGGGUUGUAAGAAUAGCUCUGUGGCCAAUCCUCCUAUUUCCUGACUUUAGGGAACCUGGAGUCACUGACUGGGAGGGGAGUGGGGUUCAGAUGGGCCCUUUGAAGCCUAGUGAUUGACACUUCUGCCCACAAUGGUUUCUGCAUGCUCCCAGGCUGACCCUUAGUUUUCCCCUCCCUGAGAGAGUGAGUCUCAUACCUGGUCUUGACUAGGUGGUGCCAUGGGGUAUUUUGUGGUGGGGUGGGGGCGUGGGGGGGGGAAGUGUUGAAUUGAGAGGAGUUGGGGAACUGGCUUUCCUUUAAAUUUAUGGCACCCCCCCCCACACACACCCCUCAAUUUGGGAGAGUAGAAAAGGGAUAGUGUCAAGAUCAGGACAGGAGGCCAUCAUUUUGAGAAACACGCAAGGUUGUGGUUCUAGUGGGGGAAGGGGCUGAUAAUAGCACCUACAGCUCCCAUGGGGCAAAAGGAGGGCUGGCAAAGCUCUUUUCUCAAUACUCCUUUCCCUGACCCCUUUCCUUAGUAGCCUUUCUUUUGGCUAAUAUUUUUGGUAGCUGUAAGUGUUAAAUAGGGCCCUGGGAGGUAGGUGGGAACUCUUCAGAGACUGACUGUCCCUUCUAGGCAGCUAUGGGAGCAGCCUGCCUAGCAGCCUAAUGUCCUUCUCUAGUUCCUGGGUCCCGCAGGGCUGAUGGGGAAAAGGAAGCCCUGGGAUGUCAGAGUUGGGCCUAGUCCAGAAAAAUGCUAAGAGGUUGGCUUGACCGGCCUGUUUGGCUUAUUGCAGAGCAAGUCUUGUCCCAGAUGAACAGUUAAACUGUGGGGACGUCUAGAGCUCCGUUUUCCAUGUAUACUAUCUACCCCAGGGUCCAUUUCCCAAGCUGACUUGCCACCUUGGUGAUGUGCUGCCCAUGCUGGCCUUCUCUUCUUCCUGUAUGCCUAGGCACAGGGGGGUGAGGCCGGUGCUAUGUUGACAAAUGCUGCUUUACCCUUAGUUUCUCCUUAAAAGAAAAAGGGCCAGUGCAGUUUGGUGUGGUUGCAAGACUCCCUAUAUAGGGCAGGGUAGAACUGAUCUUCACAGGGUCUCAUGAAGCCCACAGACCACCAUGGCAGAAAGGGGGGAAGGCAGGAUGAGGACUUGCCCAACAAAAGAUGGAAGGGGGGGCACUCUGGAAGACCUCCUUGUGUCAGGGAAGUUUCCAGAGGUUUCAGGUCUGUGUUCCGAGUAAGAGGGAGGAAGUCAGUUGAGGGAGAAAGGAAGAGAUCCAGCCAAGUGAUUAGAGUUUCCUGAUAGGAAAAAAUGACUUCUUCCUUUCAAAGGCUCUUUUCCUAAGUAGGCCUAGCUAGAGCCUAGGAAGAAGAGAGAAAAAAGGGAAACAUGAUGCCCAGUGAAGGCCAGUUACUCCCUCAGGGAUCCCUUUCCCCUUCUCCCCUGCUGUGCCCUCAGAGCCAAUUUCUAUCACCCUUUGGUCCAAUUUGUGGCCUGGGGUGCCAACCUAGCUGAACCAGCCCCCAGAGGGUGGACAAACUCUGACCCCUAGCUGCAAAGCAGAUAUACCUCUCUGCUGGGGGAAGAGAUGGAGACAUUGCCCUCAUAUCUCCUCGGGCUUUGAGAUGAAUUCCAAGGGUUAAUGUAACUCACCCAUGCAGGGCAUGGCUGACCGAAUUACAGAGGCAAAGGGCUGAUGCUACUCAUUGGAAGGCGGGAGGGAAGGAGGAGAAAAAAAAAACAAAAACAACCUUCUUUUUAUACAAGGUUUCAUAUUUAAUUUGAUCAUAAAUUCAUAAAUACAUAACUAUUUUAUACACAA